AUGAGGUUUACCAGCAGUACGAGUGCAGGUAUUGGCCUAGCAGUGCUUUCAUUGAUCACACCAGUUCUCGGGGCCUCAAAUCCCACUUGUCCGCCCGCAAUUGAUUACACCGCCAAUUUCGAAUACGUUGGAUGCCGUCAAGACAGCUACUACGGCCGUAUCCUUGGCAGAGAACGUAAAGCAGUCUUCCGUGAUACCAAUACUCCUCAGUACUGUGCUGACUACUGCGGUCGAUCUGGCUAUCCAUGGGCUGGAGUCGAGGCAGGAACUCAAUGCUAUUGUGGUGGGUAUCCUGAUGGUGGAGCAGUGACAGGCAACGCCAACUGUUCAACAUAUACCUGCUCUGGCGAUGAGUCCCAAAAGUGUGGUGGCCAGUACUUCUUGCAGUUGUAUAAAGUCACGAACCCACUACCUGUCGAGAAGGUCGAUGGUGAUGUCAAGCGUCAACCCCUCUGCCACACAAGCCCUUUGUGUGAACACACAGUCUGUGACACAUCGCUGCCCAUCGCGGACAGAAUUGCAUCGCUCUUGUCAGAGAUGACACUGGAUGAGAAGAUUGCCAACGUCGUCAAUGCUGCAGAUGGUGUGGGUCGCCUUGGCCUGCCAGGCUACGACUGGUGGAAUGAGGCUCUGCAUGGUCUUGCUAAUGCUCCUGGUGUUGUGUUCAACAGUCCGAAUGGUUCAGCUUUCAGCUAUGCCACAUCCUUUCCCAUGGCUAUCACAACUGGCUCUGCUUUCGACGACCCUCUCAUCGGACAGAUUGCUGGUGUCAUUGGAAGAGAAACUCGAGCUUUUGCAAAUUUUGAGCAGUGUGGGUACGACUUUUGGACACCCAACAUCAACACUUUCCUCGAUCCUCGCUGGGGCCGAGGUCAAGAAACCCCCAGUGAAGAUGCGUUCCAUACUCAGCAGUACACCAAGCAGCUGAUCCCUGGUCUUCAAGGUGGUCUAGAUCAUCCUGAAGAGAAACAGAUUAUUGCUACAUGCAAGCAUUUCAAUCUCUACUACGCCGAAACUAACAGAUACGGUGAGAAUUACAACGCUACCGCUCAGGAUUUGGCUGAAUACUUCAACCCGCCUUUUAAGUCUUGCGCUCGAGACGUUGCUGUUGGAUCAGUCAUGUGUGCAUACACUGCCACUUACGGUGUCCCUAAUUGUGCAAGUGAAUACUUCUUGCAAGACACCUUGCGUGAGGACUGGGGCUUCGAUGAGCCUUACAGAUAUGUCGUCGCCGAUUGUGGUGCGGUUGAAUAUAUCCAAGAUGUUCACAACUUCACGGAUACACCUGCUGAAGCUGCAGCUGUGGCUCUCAAUGCUGGCACUGAUCUAGAUUGUGGUUUCACCUUUGGAACAUACUUGAACGAGUCAGUAAUCAACAAUUACACUACAGAAGCACGAUUGAACCAGGCGUUGUCUCGUCUCUACACUGGACUUCAUACUGUCGGAUACUUUGAUGGUCAGAAUCGUUAUGCGUCUCUGUCAUGGGAAGACGUUGACACAGAAGAUGCUCGCGCUCUCGCUUACCGAUCAGCUUGGGAAGGUAUGGUCCUGCUAAAGAAUGAUGGCUUUUUGCCUCUUUCUGCCAAGUACCAGAAAGUGGCACUUAUUGGACCAUAUGCAAAUGCCUCUAGCCAGAUGCAGGGAAUUUAUGCUGGGCAGGCACCAUACAUCAUCACUCCUCUACAAGCGGCAGAAGCCAACUGGGACAGCGUGCAGUAUGCCUUUGGCACUGGUGUCAAUGGUAGCAACACAACUUUCUUCUCACAAGCACUGGAAGCCGCAAGAUCUGCUGAUCUCAUCAUCUAUAUGGGUGGCAUUGACAGCACUAUCGAGCAAGAGACAUUGGAUCGCAAGUCUCUUGAAUGGCCUGGCAACCAACUUGAUCUCGUGCAACAGUUGAGUGAGCUUGGCAAACCUCUAGCCGUUGUUCAGUUCGGAGGUGGCCAGGUCGAUGAUACUGCGCUGCUUGCCAACGACAACGUCAAUGCCAUUCUUUGGACUGGUUAUCCUGGUCAAGAAGGUGGUAAUGCUGUUGUUGACGUCUUGCUCGGGCGACAAGGACCUGCCGGACGCCUGACUACAACUCAAUAUGCAGCCAACUAUAUCAACGAAGUCAGCAUCUUCAAUCCAGAUCUGCGUCCCAACGGCAGCUACCCUGGUCGUACAUACAAAUGGUUUACUGGCAAGCCAAUCUUGCCUUUUGGCUUCGGACUCUCAUACACAACGUUCAAGCUGUCUUGGUGCGUUAAGCCUCUAAGGCAAUCCUACAACAUCAAGAAUCUUUUCAACAAGCGUCAUGAUCAUGGUUCGAAGCCCACGCCUCUCGAUACCUUGCCUUUCGUCACUCUUUCCACAAUUAUCACAAACACAGGCAAUCACACUUCGGACUUCUCUGCCCUUCUCUUCCUCUCCACGUCCAAUGCAGGACCUGCUCCAUACCCCAACAAAUGGCUUGUCUCAUAUGCUCGCGCUCAUAGUGUCGCCCCGGAAAAAUCUCAAACAGUCGACUUGAACAUCUCGAUUGGUUCACUCGCUCGCGCUGACGUGAAUGGAGACUUGACUGUGUAUCCUGGCAGGUACAAGUUGGCUGUCGACAACGAUGAGCUCUUGACGGCGGAGUUCGAGCUUGUUGGUGAACCAGUCAUUGUUGAUCGAUUGACUAGACAGGGAGUCUACGAGUACACUGUGCCAGUGCACUAUAACGCUAGUGCAAAUUUGGUGUGA